AUGGCGAAAGUACUAAAAUCGAGCCAAUCAUGUCAUUUCUCUUCACCUUCAAGCUCAUCUUCUACAUCAUGCGGAAGCAAUGAUGGGAACAGAGACCCACAUUCUCUUUUUAACAUUUCUCGAGAGGAAGAAGAAGAUAGAGACGAAGAAGAGAGAAGAAGCGACAAAGAGAGAGAAAGGUUCGAGAUUUCGUCGGCAUUGGAGGUUCUUGUUUCUGCAAUCAGAAAGUCUGUGAUUGGUGGGUGUGUUGGUGAAGAUCUUUGCUCAAUGGAGAUUGGUGUGCCCACAGAUGUUAGACAUGUCGCUCAUGUCACCUUUGAUCGUUUCCAUGGCUUCCUUGGCUUGCCUGUUGAGUUUGAACCUGAAGUCCCAAGACGAGCUCCUAGUGCAAGUGCAACAGUGUUUGGAGUCUCCACAGAGUCAAUGCAGCUAUCUUAUGAUACCAGAGGGAACAUUGUGCCAACGAUACUCUUGAUGAUGCAGAGUCACUUGUACAAUAGAGGAGGCUUGCGUGUAGAAGGAAUAUUCAGGAUAAAUGGUGAGAAUGGUCAAGAAGAGUACAUAAGAGAAGAGUUGAAUAAAGGUGUUAUACCUGAUAACAUCGAUGUCCAUUGCUUAGCAAGUCUCAUUAAGGCUUGGUUUAGGGAACUUCCAAGUGGUGUGUUGGAUUCACUCUCAGCGGAGCAAGUAAUGGAGUCAGAGAGUGAAGAUGAGUGUGUUGAUCUUGUAAAGCUUCUUCCUUCAACAGAGGCUUCUCUGUUAGAUUGGGCGAUCAAUCUAAUGGCUGAUGUUGUCGAGAUGGAACAUGUUAACAAGAUGAAUGCUCGCAACAUCGCUAUGGUUUUCGCUCCUAACAUGACUCAGAUGUUGGAUCCAUUGACGGCUCUAAUGUAUGCUGUGAAAGUCAUGAACUUUCUCAAGACACUUAUUGAGAAGACGCUUAAAGAUCGGAAAGAGUCACGAGAGAAGCUGAUUCCGGCUUCAAAUUCCGGUCACCGGGACCAUAAUGGUGAUCAGAGUAGUAGUAGACAGCUGUUGCAUCUCAUGAAAGCUAACAAGGAGGAAGCUUUAGAUAGCUCUGAGGCGGAAAUGAGAGACAAAGAAGACUACUCUGCAGAAGAAGAAGAGGAAGAAGAGUCUGCAGGAUAUAGAGAACUUGUUGGCAUAAAGAAGAAGAGUCUGGUUAAAAGCUGUAACAAUGGAGGAGGUUUUGGACAGAAACAGAGUGGUUGGAAUGAGCAUAGGAAGAAGACCAAGGUUUCGAAUGCGAGCAGUAUUGUGGGACGAGUGAAUUACAGAGUUGAGCUGUUCGAUGCUUGGCGAUGA